UGCAACAGGUUUGCAUCAAGCACAGGGGCGCGGGUGUUCUGAUGGGUUACACGUUUCCAGAAUUGACACGGGGCGUAUGUACAAGGUAUCAGUCACUGCGAUUAGAGAAGACGAUAGCAGUUUGACCAUCUCUCCACCGGCCUCCAGAACAGUUGUUAGCCAGCCCAAUGGUGUUAAAAUUGUGGAAGAGUCGGUUGACUCUAUACUAGUCAGUUGGUUGGAGGCCAAUGGUUGCAAGGAUAGAUACCACAUUGAGAUACUUGACGCAUACGGCCCUCAUUACCAAGAAGUUGAGGAAGUUGCCUUGCAAAGGGGCGAACGUGAAGCAAAUGACAUACCGUCGUAUAGAUAUGUUUUCAAAAAUCUAACCGCCGGAAAAAGAUACCGUAUCCGUGUCCUAGCUGAGAGUGGGAACGAUACAAGUAAAUGGACCACGACUUUCGGAAGGACAAUACCUCUUCCGCCCGAAGGAAUCGAGAUUGUUACAAAACAAGACACUGACAUCGAAAUCAGAUGGAAACCAGGAAACGGGGAAUAUGACCAACACAAUUUUUUUCUGUAUAGUGAAAGAGUCCCAGAGGGCGUUGUGUCUGACUCCGAAGUCAGUGACAGAGCCACCAACUCACAUUCUGAAACGAAUAUACCUGUGACAGAUAGCGAAGACCGUGAAAGUGCACUCAUUCACAAACAAUGGGCAUGUGUCAUGAGAGAUCAGGAAACAGUACACAUUUUCCGUGGAUUGGAACAUGGUCGCAUGUACAUGAUAAGAAUAACCACGAAGAGUGAAGACAAAGAAAGUGACCCAGAAGAAGUUAAGAUCAGGACAACUGUGGAUACCCCGAAGGACCUGAGAGAAACCUAUCACGACGAAACGUGCAUUGCCGUUGAAUGGAAUCACGCCAGGGGAGUAAAAGAUAAAUACUUAGUUCAAGUAGCAUCAAGCAACUUCAUCAUUAAUUCCGAAUAUAUUGCGGCUGAUGACCGUCUCGAAUGUACGUUUGAUGGGCUAUAUCCUGGUCGUCUAUAUGCAGUUUCAGUACAAGCAUGUUGCGGCGAGAGUUCGAGUAAACCCAUCGAAAGGUAUAUGAGGACAACGGCAAUACCACCACAAAAAAUCUCCAUAGACGAAGUGAAAGAAAGGAUGAUAACAGUAACGUGGCCUGAAGCAUGGUGUGACAAAGACCACUACAGAGUAACGCUUAUCCCUGAAGGUGAUGGAGGUCAGGGAGAAAUACAAGACAGGGAAGUGAGUUGCGAUAUCCAGAGAAAGUACAGUUUUAGGAACCUUGUUCCUGGGCAGCUGUACAAUAUUUUUAUCCGCACUUUAAGUGGUCGGAAAGAAAGCGAGUCCAGGCCAAUCGAUAUUCAAAGACGAACUCUAGUAGCAAAAGCCAAUAAUCUUAAAGUUUCUGAUGUUGACUACAAAAGUUUCACUGUUGAAUGGGAACAAGCCGAUGGUGUCCAAAAUGGUUACAGAAUAAACUUAAACCAUAACGGCCAACAGCAGCGGUCUAAGUAUGUUGACGCAAGUGACGCUGUCCCUUUCAAUGUUGUCUUUGAUAACCUGACUGAAGGGAGAUUAUACACAAUACAUGUCAUCACGAUUAGCGGAGAAGAAACAGCUACAGCUGAGAUUUCCCAAAGGACCAAAGUGUGCCCACCCUCCAAAGUGCAGGUCAUCAGACAGAACACAGUACCUUCUAGUCAAGAGGAUGUAACAGUUUCGUGGAGCCGACCCAGCGGGGAUCUGAGUGGUUAUCAGUUAGAUAUAUUCGAUUGCAAGAACAAUGUUCAGCUGGACAAGUCAGUGUGUACCAAACAUAUUCGAUAUACAUUCCAAGGUCUUGUUGCCGGGAGAAAGUACAGAAUAGAUUCAAGGACAAUCAGCGGAGAAAAGGACAGUGAUCUAUGUAGCAUUUAUGAGCGGACAGUUCCCCGACCCCCAGAUGACGUACAAAUACCAGAACAAGACGUUUCCUUAAAUAGCUUAAAGGUUACCUGGAAGCCACCAAGAGAUAGUGACGAAGAAUGCUAUCUUUUGAGUAUUCAUAACACCAAGGGACUUGAAAAACAGGAGGUCGAAAUACCUAAAGAACUAAAUAAAAAUGGAACACUUUCAUCAAAAAGGUCAACUUCCAACGUGGAUUUAUGUGACACGCUAGAACAUAUUUUCAAAAACUUGACUGCGGGAACAGAAUACAGGUUGUCAGUGUUAUCAGUAAGUGCAAAAGGUAGCACAAGUAUGCCUAAUGGAGAAAGAAAGAGCAUACAAAUCGAAAAGCAACAAAUGACACUUGUUGCUAAACCCAUCCUUCAUAUAGAUGAGAAAGACCCAGAUCAGAUACAGAAAAAAGCACUUCUCCUAACCUGGAUACCUGGAGAAGGGAAAACUGAUGCAUACUGUAUCAGGAUUUCACCCUUUGACAGGAGCAAAAGCGCUAAGACCUUGCUUGUUGACGAAGUCGAAUCCUUUUGUACAAAUUCAACAUGUAUACACAGAGACGAAGACCAAAGACCUGACGACAGACUUUCGACAGGGGCGGACGCAGAGCGCCACUAUCACCACAAAGUCGAUGACCUAGGGUGUUUAACAGAAUACGAAGUCACAAUGGCAGCGAGGAGUUACAAAGAAAAACGAAAUGCCGAUGGUACCCCAAAAUUUGAACAAUCAAACGAGAAAGCACAUUGGAUUACCUUCACGAAACCAGAUCCACCACAAAGAGAGAGAAUAUACUGCGGAAAUGAGAGUUUCGACUCUUUUAUGUUAUACUGGCAGCCACCAAGAGACCCUGAAUCUCGGAGAACUACACACAACUAUAAAAUCAGAUACCAGAAUAUUUCUAAAGACAUGCCAGCCACUGAUUUGUAUUCACAAGGCAAUACCCAUGUGAAGAUUGAGAAUACAGUGACCAAUGCCAAGUACAGAAUAGAGAUUGCGUCGAUAACGAAAGUAACAAACCACGACAAGAUUGAAAGUGAGAUAGAGAGUGAAUUUGUUGAAAUGACGUAUAGAACCCAGUCCCGGAUGAAAAAAUUCGCUAGGUACGUUGCCGCCGGCUUAAUUCAGGUUUCAGUCAUUGCAAUCGUCUUUGCUAACUUCUCAACCUUUUUUGGUAUAUAUUGUGGUAAUUGUAAUUGUUUUGGUACAGACGACUCUAAUAGUCGAAGUGUAGACGAGUACCCAACUAUAGCAACUAACUCAACGCCUACAGCAGGGACGGAGACGCUGGCUCCAAGUACUCAAAGCUGCCUUUUUGAAAAAGCAUGGACUCCGUUUCUAAGUUUCGUUGCAAUGCUUUUCAUCUGGGUUAUAGUCACUGUAUUCACCAUCGUAUGCUUGGUCUUCUUGUACAAGUUGAAAGUAAGGGUAAAGACCUUUAAAAGCGACGAGGAGGCAAGAGUCGAAGGUGUGCAAAGAACCUUUGUUAAGGCAAGGGAAAUACCAAGUGAUUUUAGCAUUGAAGAAAUAGAUAACACCAUAGGUGACACACUGGAGGAGGACAGCAGUGAAAUUACCCAACUCCUGCCUGGCAAUGGCUAGCUCAUUUCGUCGGGGUAGCCUAUGGAUCUGAGAUAGUUCAAGACAAUGAGAUUGAAUUGGUGAAUGCACUACAUUUGAGUUGUUUCGUCUGUUUCCAGAAACAGACUCCUGGAUCUUUGUAAGCUCUGCCUGUUUUCCUUAAAAAUGUCCAGCCUAACAUUACUCAUUAAUGACCUGCCUCAAUGUGUAUAUGGCCAAUAUGGUGACAUUUUAUUAGGCAUGGUCAUUUGGUCUUGAACCACUGAAUAAAACCACCAAUUGAGCGCAUUGAACGAUGUGGUUUGAUGAAGUGCGCUUUACACACCAAAUGACCAGGCCUGUAUCGAGAAACAAACGAGUCCUGAACGUCAUUACCAUAUAGCCUAUCCUAUCUGACGCGCCCAACAGCUGCUUUUCAGUCGUUGAGUUUAUUAAUAAAUUUGACUUCUCAUGAAAUCAUUUCAUUUUGUUAUUCAUGUUCAGAAAAUUUUGCAAUUGGUUUGUCAAGACGCCCAAAUAGUGCUGGGACAAACUUUGAAACGUGCUACAAAUGUUUAAUGAAACGGCUCACCUCCCCUAUAUAAUUCUGAUAUCUAACUACUUGAUCAUGAGAAUUAACAUUCUCCACUGGUGACACAUCUAUCGGUGUCAUAUGUUUUAAACCACUAUGAAGGGGGGGGGGGCGCUCUGAUGGUUUAAUGUCAUCUGGCUAUAUGAUAAUACCGUUUAGAGAAUCGUUUUGUUCUGUAAUGUCUAUGACUAAUUAGUGAAUAUACAUAACGUUACUGUUGAAAACAUUUGAUAUAUAAGCCAAACUUUUCCCACGUGUUAUGAAUGAAUUAUCUUAAAAUUGUUGGUACUUGGUACUUAUGUUGUAUGUAUACAUAGUGCGCAGUGUGACAGUUCACCUUGACAUAAUGUACAGCAUGAUCACCUAUUCUUACACGAAAGAUAUGUACUUUUCUCUAGAUUAUAUUUGACUUUGUGGAUAAUACUUCACAUCCAAUGUCAUCUAAUUUAAUGAAGUUUGCAUCUCCUCUUUGCUAGUGUAUUACUAGUAUCUAAUUCUAUCUCUUCAAAUAUAUAGUUUUGCUGUUUAAAACUAGUGUAUAUCAUUUUUCUUUUCAUUCAUCUUUUGUUGUGUUGAAAAUCUUCAACUUUUCACAACCUAACUUUUACAAGUUAUUUUCAAGCAAGUUAGUACGAUAGUGUAUAUGUACAUAUAAGCUACUAGUAAAAGUUGUUGCUUGAACAUCAAACACCUCUUAGUCAUAUUACAACCAUUACAAGGAGAAACAAGAGUGUUCGGAUAUCUUUAUUCUAUCAUCACAAAUGGAAGCAUUUGUACAGCUUGUCAUUUAUCUUGGAAUAGUUAAGAGACAACUCAUGGCUUACGUGUAUUAUAGACUGAUCUCCCAGAAGAUCUUUCGGUGA